CUUGUAAACAAACGGGGGUGUUUCUGACCAUUCUGACUGAUUUGUGCGUCAAUUAGGGUUUCUGUAACUUUCCGAAGAAAAUGCCGAAAGUGAGAAGAAGCAAGAAAGCCCCUCCAGAUGGCUGGGAGCUGAUUGAGCCUACUCUGGAGGAAAUCGAGCAGAAAAUGCGCGAAGCGGAGACUGAACCACACGAGGGCAAACGCAGAGUCGAGUCGCUGUGGCCGAUCUUCAAGAUUCACCACCAAAAAUCCCGAUAUAUUUACGACCUCUAUUACAGGCGGAAGGCCAUCAGUAAAGAGUUGUACGAGUACUGCUUGAAGGAGAAAAUCGCAGACGCGAAUUUGAUUGCCAAGUGGAAGAAGCAAGGCUACGAGAAUUUGUGCUGCCUCCGAUGCAUACAGACUAGGGACACCAACUUCGGAACCAAUUGCAUUUGCCGAGUUCCCAAAGGGAAACUCGAAGAGGGUCGCAUAGUGGAGUGCGUUCAUUGCGGCUGCAGAGGCUGUUCUGGCUAAAGACAACAAUUUCCAACCCACAAAUCUUGUGAAAAUAGGCUAAGUUUGAAUUAAAACGUAAAAAUGCGAACAACUCGUUACUUAAAAUUCCAAGAAUCCCUCUUAGAAUCAUUUGAAUUUAAUUCCCUGUCUCGGAAGAAGAGAAAUUAUUGCACUUUCCUCUGCCACUGACCGCAGCUGUUCAAGAAUUCUGAUGUGCAUCCACCCAUAGAUCCAGAUUCACUGAAUAUCUUUGACGUGCACAAGUACCCACAAGAGCAUGAGUCAAGGCACUGCAGCGUUGCCAAAACGUAAAGAACUGGCAGACGAUCAAGGGUGAAGUGAAAAAUCCUGUCCAUUGUUUUUAAAUAAUUUUUUUUAUGUGGUUUUGAAACCUCUGAUCAGAUUAAAAUUCGAAAAAAAUACUAUUGACGCUACAAAAUAAAUAACUGUAAGUAAGAAUAA